AUGAUACCACCCAGCCCUGUAAUGGAUCGAAGACAUAAUAUUAACUUUGAGCGUCCAGAUUUUGAGAUAAUGCUCCAGAAAUCUGGGACGAAUUUAUGUGACUUGGAGAUUGUUAUGAGAGGCUCAUCUCGAGGAGUUGAGGUUGUUCGCAUAGGCGUAGAGUACAUGUUUGAUAUUUCGAGAUCUUCAAAAUGCAAGAUACAAGUAUCUACAUGUGUGUCAUACAGUACUCUAGAGUAG